UUCACCUCCUCAUGAACCUCAUGCAACUGUAGGGGCUUCCACUUCCAAUAUACCCACAACGUUAUACGGCACCACAGGCCCGUCUACAACACAGGCAGCCCAGCACGAUACGUUUGUCACUGGACACGCCCACGGGAAACAGUUGUCCCCUAUACAAAGUGCCAGUACCCUUAGAAACUCGCCCACUCAAGAACCCCCUGGUACAGUAUUAUCAAAAGGUUCUGUCCCUACAUCACAGGGAUUGUCUACUAAAGGAACUAGUUCACAUGCUAUGAGUUUAUCAAAGACAAACAUUGGAUUAGGUGUGGUUGGACCUCGGCAUGAGUCACCGCCAGGACCACCUCCAUUCAGGUAAUGAAACUACAGUAUGCUAAUAUUUGACCCUUCUCCCAGUCUGUCUGCGUGAAAGUUCAGUCAUCGUACUAUGUAACGGAGCAAGAAAUCGGUUCAUCUCCUGGCCCCAUAACAUCACUCAACAGUUCAACGUCCAGCCUGUUCAGCUGGCGGGAUUCAUCGCGUAUGACUGCUUUAUUCCACGGGUGCUUUUGUUGCCUUUACUUAGGCUGUAAAGCCGCGAGAAGAAUGGAAUUCCUCGUGGCUUUGCCGCUAGCUACGCGCGGUAGCCCUUCCGCCUAAAACACAGUAUCCCAUUCUUACCCUGCUAGCUGCACUGAUUAUGUAAUGCCAUGUCCUUUUUUGUUUUUGUUAUAUAUUUUUAAAUAUGACCGAAGCUGUUUCGAUUGAGCAAUAUUUGUGUUGCAGUUGGUUUGUUUUCCUUGACAAAAUAUCGUUCAUAACAUCGCUUUUGGUUAUCUCCUUUGUUUUAGUUGUUGAAAAUUAAAAGUUGGGUUAUUUUGGCCUCUGCCCAAAAAGCAUGCACUGACUGUUAAAUAGAUUUUUCAGUGUUAAAGCUUUAAAACUACCUGUAGAUAGUAGUACCUUCUAAGCAAUUUAUAUAAAAAGUUUGUCGCACCUGUAGCUUCAUUUGUUUACAAAUCAUUCUUGUUUAUCACCAAGCGAACGGCGUCCAGUACCCUCUGAGGUUAAGUCACAUGCAAAUGAAACUAGUAUUCCGGCGUUCUUGUUUUCAGGGUCGUAAAUGAGAGUAAAGUAAAGAAAACGCCUCCAUCUUACUCGAAAAAAACUAGUGGCCCUCCUCCAAAUCACCACAGUACGUCUCUUUAUCCCACGGGCGAAUCUUAUUACGAUCAGAGAACUUCAAGCAAUUUUGACCUUGGUAGCAGGCAUAGUGAGAGGUCAUCAUUAGAGUCAAACUACAAAAAGAAGAGAGAUAAAGACAAGGAAAAGGAACGAGAAAGAGGGAGAGGAGGAGGAGGAGGAGAGAACGAGUUUCCACAUUUACCCGAUGUACCAGGAGCAGAAGGUACAGUGCAAUAUCACAACAGCAAAGUGAAACGCCACUUUGAUUAUAACAAGUAUUCAGUUUUAAGUGGUACUUUUCCAAAAUGACCAACUGCUAGAGGUCAAAUGUUGGACACAUUGAGAGAAGUUCUGAGUUUACUCCAUACUGACUGAAUGGGCCAUUGGCAGCUAGCAGAUGCUCAGUCUGUAGCUUGUCAUUCAUUUGGUACAAAACCGUCAUGCUGAAGAGCAAGGAACACACCAGGAUAAGACGAACAACUUUAAUUUCCAUUAAUAAUAACAACAACAACAAUAAUCAGCGACAACAAAAAUGAGUACGGAGUCAGUGUUUUUCACAUUAACGGGUGUCCGUAUAAAGCGGUUUGAAUUUAGAAGCAAUGUAGGGGCUUUUACAGGUACAAAAAAGACUUACAUAGUGUGGGGUGUCAGAACUUUUUCAUAUGUAUGGUAAAGGUUGUGGAAUAUUAAAGGAAGUUUAGAACUCUCUAAUUCUUCUUCCGAGUACUGUUGCCCAUGUCACUGACGAUUACUCAAUAUCUCAUAUGUUGAAGUUGACCCAGAUGGUGACGAAGCGGUACAACUGCAGUAGCAAUCGCAAUGAUCGAAACUAUUUUACCUUUCUUCAAAUUAAGUAUUUUUUUUGCUGUAUUUGCAGCUAAGAACAGCGUCAAGACAGGGAAGAGCUCCAAAAGCGUCACCAAAACUUCUAUAUCGAUGAUGCCCCACAUUACAAACCUAACUCCAUUUCAGAACGGCACGUCGUCACAAAGACAGGUAACGUAGUAAUACACCUUAUUCACGAUACCCGCCAUCUUAGCACCCGCUUAAAGACUGAUGGGAUAAAACAAUGUCACGUGGUUUCUCAGGGAGCAAACAAGUGAAAAAAAAUUGCCAUUGGAAGAAAUCGCGGUCGAGUUUGUCUAUACUAGACAACAGGAAAUGAAUACCUUUUCGUCUUAAACACGAUAAUGUCAAAAUAUGGGUGAAAGUGAUCAUUGUUCCUUUUUUUUAUGCAGUAGCGACCGUCGAUGUCCUCAUGGCAAUCAGUAAUGACGUAAAUCCUGCCAAAACUCGAUAUGUACAUUUUGCAUGAUUAUGAAAUCGUCGUCUCGUUUUGAUAGAAUAAUCGGACUCGGCCGCUAUUACUCGUAUCGGCAAAUUUUAUCACUUUUUUGCCUCGUGAAAUACCACGUGACAUAGCUUUAAUCCUAACGUUCUUAAAGCGCGUGCAAAUAUGGCGAGUGUCGUAAAUAAGGUCUAUUGAAUAGAUUAGAAACUCAUAAGGGGUUGAAAAGUGUAACUCGCGUUCAAUGCUCGUGAAUAUUCACUUUUACCAUAUUUGCAAACCUUAGUGACAGAUAUCCAUUUUCAACAAAAUGGCUGCCGCGCGAUCACCAUGCAGAUGUUUUUAAGACAAGUUCUGCAUUUCAAGGUUUAAAAUACAUCGUUAAAAGACAAAAAGUGGGAAGGGAAAGAUCAAAAGAAUGCUCAGCUUUCUUUUUGUGGAGGAAGGGAAGCUUUUCAUCAAGAAAUCGUCCUUCGAGGAAUUCAAUCUUCUCUUCACGACGGAGGGCAUGGUCUGUUUUGAAAUGCAACCAAGGCAGUGAUGUUUUUCGGGUACAUUUUGCACUCUAUGACCAAGACAAUUACGUUUUUGAAAGGGAAUUUAUGUAUUUUUAAAUGUUUUAUAGACGUUUUAUAAAUUUUUCUCUUUAGAACCAAAGAAAAAUUACAAAAUGUGCCCUGAUGUGAGAUGGAUUUUGUGUUAAAUUUUGCCAUGUGCUUAGCCGAUUUCACUUGCUCGAACGGAUCCACGGUCCAGAUAGUGUUUUCCGAAUUGCUUUAAGGGAUUAACUUUUUGGACUUCGAAUAAAAAUUUUCAAGAAACGGCUUCUCUGUCUAUUGUUUUGACUACAACAUCCAAGUUUAAUUUAAGCUUUUGAAAUGCUUCUCAAAUUCAUUACAAGCAUCACUUUUUGCGAAGAUGUGAGGUUCAGGUUUUGGACACUUUUCGAUACGCAGCUAAUGAAUUUUAUUCGAAAAUAUUUUUCACUAUUUAUUCCAGACUUUUAACAUAAGAAUUUCAAAAGCCUAUUUGCAGUAUAAGUUUACUGUGCAUAGGGUCAACGAGGCCUCGGUUUUUGAAGUGACAACUUCAAGAAGUUGCGAGGCCGUCAGUGGGUUCCAUAAUGCUACGUUUGGCCCGGGUGGUAAGGCAAUAAUAUCCUGCUCAGUGUUUCGGUAAGAUUCCUGGUUUCAACCUUUAAAAGCUUUCUCGGCUUUCGGGAGUUUUUCCCCCGUUUGUCGGCCAUUUUUUUAAGCGGGCGCGGGAACCUGAAGGAAAAUUACGUCACGUUGUUUACGAAGUUUGAUUGGUCAGUUAUCUCUUCUUCUCGUUCUAAAUAUGGUACUUUCGAAAAUGAAUAAUCACGAGCAUCGGACAAAGCAAACAUAUGAGAGUUACACGUUUCAACCCCUUAGACCCACUACGGCUAUUGCUCAGUACCCACUCCCCCAGGGGUUGGGGAGGACGAAUCUAUGACGUCAGAAUCUAUGAUGGUCGAAGGAAUCAGCCCGAUUCGUUGUUCCAUUUCAGUGACCUGUCCCUUAUUUCGAAGACUUGGCGUUACGGGCCACUGUCAAGUCUCUCGAUCCUGGCGAUCUUACGAAAAAAUAAGGGACUGUGAACUGUCUAGAAUAAACCAUAAGAUGUAUAAUAUAUAUACUUAUUUAUUUAUAAACUUCGCCAAGAGGCUUGGAUCACUCACAGAGCAAGCUCCACUACAAGUUCCAGAAAAAAAAAGGAAAAUUAGUAAUACAACUAAACAGAAUGACAACACUUUAGAAACGAUAAAAAAAAGAAAUGCAAAUGCAAAAACAGAAUUGGGAAGGACAUCGAUAAAAAAAUCAACAACACAUACGAUCAAGCAAGCAGUUCAAUGGCCGACUGGUGUGGUACUUAAUACACACACUCUUUAAGGUCUGGGGGUGUCGACAUCAUAAACAGACUUCGUGAGAUACAAGUAGUAAUUAAAAAGGUCUUUCUGAAAGUGCGCCACUGGGCUCUACAGUAAAAAUUGUUUUCCAAGCUGACGGUGUUGGCCCUAAUCGUAUUCAACAGCGUACCCUUGGAGGAGAUAGUGCGCCUUGGUCUAGUGGAAUUCAUCACUGACAAAAAAGGGUUCGAUAGACUAACUAAACAUUUGAAUACUUACACCAAAUCUAAAAAAUUCGUGCCAAAAACAUAAUGGUAGUAGCCCAAUUUUCAAAAGCAAAAUUUGUAUUAAUUAACCACGACUGUAAAACUUUACGUGGACUGAUCCGGUAUUAUUUAAGAAUAAGGGGGGGGGGGGGGGGGGGGGGGGUUUUUAAAUGUUUUUCCCUGAAAACGGGGGGGGGGGGGGGUGAUAAAAGGGUUUUCGGGGGGCCCCUUUUUUCAACCCCCCAAACAAACAUUUUCUCCCCGUGGGGUCUUCAAAAACAUUUCAUAAAAAAAAAACACAAAACAAAAAUAAGUGGAAGUAAAACAUAAAAAAAAAAAAAAUGUUUUUUCAACACACGAGUAAAAAAAUUUGUUGGGGGGUGGGGGUAGGAUUUAUAAGGAAGGGGGGGGGGGGGGGGGGGGGGGGGGGGAGGGGCUUUAUAACUGUCUUUCCCUGAAAAGCGGGGAGAGGAGUGGUUAAUAGAGGAUUUACGGGUCGUCACUUGUUUCCAUCCGCCAAACUGACAUUUUCCUCUCAGUGGCUCUCACAAGACAUUUCACUUUUCUUACAUGAAAUUUCUCUGUCUCUUGAAAUUUCUGUUCAAUUGUUAAGGGAAAAAAAAUUCAGGAAGGCACGAGUAGAAUUCGAUUUCGGAGCAUCGGCUCUACAGUGCAUCACUUUACCCUCUACACCACCGAGGAUUUGCUGACAAUCAACGGUUUGAUUUGAAUAUGUAUAGUAACAACCCUAACCCUUACUUUGUGUACGAAUCAUUAAUCUGUCAAGGUCAAGUGGGCGGAUGAAAAUAAGUGUUAACCGGAUUUACGGUAUUGAAAAACUUAGUAAUAACCUGUUCAAAACAAUGGUCAAGUUCAUUAAUCCACAAUAAGCUCAAACGAACGUACAAUUUUUGUGCUGAUUAGACAGUUACCUUCUGUACUGUGUAUUGGUGUUUCUGGUCUAAUUUGUGCGGCAUUUUGAACCUACGUUAUUGUUUUUAUUUGUUUAUAGAAUACACCUCCAGGUUAUUAUCAAGGAAACAGUCACGAUUCCAAUCUGCCGUCCGUAUGAUUCAGGAGAAAAAAAAUUCAGUCAUCAAUUAAUAUAUCAAUGUAGACUAUAAUUAUGUCAACAUAGGGUUUGCCUAUGGUUUAUUGUAAGUCAUAUAAUGUUAGUGUGUAAUCAUUAUUGUAGCUUAUAUUUAGAACAUACUUAGAAUACUUGUACAUGUUUUUCAGUUCAGCUUUGUUUUAUAUCCGAGGCACAAUUCAUAUAUCGCGGAAACGUGAAACACACGUAUUUUUAUCCAUACAUGAGAAAGGGGGAAAAAACUGUACAUUUGUUGUUGUAUUCAGACCGUUACGAUAAAUUCCAACGCUGUAUUCCCCGUACAUAAGUUAUUUUUAAAAAAAGAACUACGUG